AUGGCGACAGGUGUGAUCCGCGGUUUCCUGGUCCAGCCAGCAGGAUAUUUCCCCCUGAUGUUCCAGUCCUCUCCUCACACUGACCCAGAUGAGGAGCAGACAAAUCUGCAUCCAGACGAGAGCGAGGAGCGUGAUGAGGAAGAGGAGCUCCAGGAGGAAGAGGAAGAGGAGGAGAUGUUCUCAGAGCCUGCCUCCACCACACUUGAUGUAACCAAUCAGCUGCUGCGAUUUGCUGAUCUUAUUAGUCGUGACAUCCAGCGAUAUUUUGGCCACAGCUGUGGUGACCAAGACUCCUGUGACAUCUACAAUGACUCUGUGUCCUUAACGACCAGCGGGCGUCUGCGUUACUAUGACGAUUUACUUAAAAUAGCCAAAGGAGGGGGUGCGGAGGAAAGAGAGAGUGCUAGGUCCAAGCCCUGUGAAGAUGAACAGAGUGUUAGUAAAGGUAGCAGUUUGGGGCCCCUGGCUGAACUGUUUGACCAAAAGGGUCUGAGUCAGGGCCGUCCCAUGACCAAGAGACUCCUGCCUCUGAGCUUCUGGACUGAGCCUGGACCAGGUGUGAUACCCGACUGUGAGAAGCCCCAGCAAGACCAAGAACAGCCCCUCCACACACACCACCUAGAUGGGGCCCAGAUGGACUUCAGUGACCUGCUCGCAUUCUGGGACUCCCACCCUGAGCCCCCCGAGCCCCUGACUGACGACCACACACACAUGCAGCACUGA